UUAUUUUGCCUAACUUAUUUUUGCGAAACAUUCUUCUUUAUUUUUCUUUAAAUAAAAUGUUUCCCAGUUUGAGAUUUAUCUCAUUUAAACUCUGGCACGAGUGUCCAAAUAUUUUUGGACUAUUUUGGAAUAAUUGUUUACUACAAUAAGACACCACUAGGUGGCACACGUGCAUUCCUAACCCAAACUAACACGUCUAACAUUCAACAUUUAGGAUGACUUUUAGACUGUUUAUGUAUCUAACUCGACCCUGAUACUAUAAAAACUUUAUUUUUCACAGAAACCCGUCCAAAUAUGUCGUGUUGGGAAUUCAGGACCGUAGAGUGUUUUCUAUUCUCACAGCUGCACAAAGAAUCCCAUUUUAUAAACUUUUCCCGUUACGCCCCGCCUCCUAUCCCUGCGUCUCGCUUCUAAUUGGUCUAUUGUGCUGAAACACUUCCAUCCCAUUGGCUGUGUAAGAUGUCUAUCUGCGUUCCUUCACAGCGUAUGAACUUUGUUGAAGCCGAUGAUAAACAACGGUGCUGCUCGAUGAGAGAUAUUGGAAACUUAUCAUCAAACCUGGCAUGGCACCCGCAACGGAGUCGAGGCUGAAUGUGGAGGCUCUGAGUAAGAGAGAUGUGCUGCUUCUCUUUAGUGUUCUUGAGGGAGAGCUGGAGGCCAGAGACUUUGUCAUACAGGCACUCAAGAUGUCUAGUCAUUUUUCAGCAGCUCCCCGUCUUACAGCUUUCAGCUGAAAUCACAAAACUCGCCAUGUCCUUCCAAACUACCCUGUACAAGGCCCAGCGUAGGGAUUCCUACAUGUGGGAGCGAUAUGGUAAAUACAACCUGAGCGACCCGUUCCUGGCCCUGCAGAGAGAUGGUGAGGUCCUCCAGAGCUCGAGCCAGACCAGGGGAGACGGAGGAAGUUCCUCCCAGAGACGAGACGGUGUCUGUGCGGCCACAGCUCACUCGGAUCCUUUGGCGGUUCUGAAGUUGGUGGUCGGACACUGCAGAAGGAUGCAGGAGAAGAUGCUGAAACAGCUGGCAGCUGCUGAGAACAGACACAGGAGGGUCAUUGCUGAUCUGGAGGAGGAGAAGAGGAAGCAUGCUGAGGAUACUGCAGAAGGAGAUGAUGUCACUUACAUCCUGGAGAAAGAGAGAGAGCGCCUCCUGCAGCAGUUGGAGUUUGAGAAGGCAAAGACGUCCCGAAUGGAGAGGGAGAACAAACGACUGAACGAUCAGUUAGAAGACCAGCGAGUCCAGCAUAAACAGCUUAUGAUGGCGGUGACGCGUGAAUGCAAACGCUCCGGCACUCGUGCCCAUGAGGAAUCCCAGCACGCCAACGAACUCAGCCAUCGCCUCGAUCGUGAGCGAGUGGCCAAUCAGGCUCUGAGGGCGGAGCUCGAGGAAGAAAAGAAGCGGGCUAUGCAAACGGAGGCGAGGCGAGAGGAGCUGCUGGCCGAGUUUGACACUGAAAGGGAGCAGCUUGGGCUGAGAUUAAGAAAGGAGGAAGCGCGCUCUAGAGCACUACAGGAAGAACUAGAGAAGCUGAGGAGAGAGAUGAACAAUGCAGAGGAGAAAUCAAACAAGAUGCAGAUAAAAAUGAACGGACACCAUGUUCCUAUGGAGGAAAAUGGGAAUGUUGAAAAGCAGGGCAUGUUAACCAAUGAGAGCUCUCAGACCAAUCCACAAGCUCACAGCCCUACAAACAGCAAUCAAUCACCUGACAUGCCCAGUACACAAGCUGCAUACCAGGCUGGCAUCAACCAGCGCUUCCAUGCAGCACGUCACAAGUUCCAAGGCACCUUUGAUCAAGAUUCCCAGACUGUCUCCUCCCCUCCGAAUAGUCCAUGUGACUUCUCGCCCUGUGCAGCCCAUGUGACUCCACCAGACAGCACUUCUUCUAAACAAGCGGCCCGCAGCACUGUCACACAGGCUCUGAGUCGCUUCAGCACUCAGCAAAGUCCCAGCAAACCAACAUCCCCCAACAGUUCCCCUUUCGGCACAGAUUACCGCACAUUGGCCCUCUCCGGGAUGUUGUCUCCCACCAUCAGGUCUCCAACUAUUCCCAAAGGGAUCCCACCUCCAGUCCCACCCAAAAAACCAGGCCUCACUGACACACCGCCUUCUCCAGCCACGCUCCGAGCUGCUCGCUUGGCUCAAAUGACGGUCGGUUGUGGACGCAGCAGCAACUCAGAGAACAGCAAAGAACCAGACCUGGUGCUGUCGUCUAGCGGCUAGCAAGCACAAAUGAUGCAAACUUGAUCGUGUCAAACACUGUUGAUUUUUUUUUCUUUUUUUUUUCUUUUUUUGUAAGGGACAUUUCAGGUUUUUAAAAUCAGUUUUAGAAUAUUUGAAACAUAUUUUCUAAGUAAAUUUGCAAUAUUACCAUAUCUCAGUGAGAUGCAUGUUGAUUGUGUGCAUGAAUACAUUAUACAUUCUGUAUUUUACCAUGAGAAAAAUCACCUGUUUAUCACAGACAGUCACCAGCUUCUAUAAAGUUUUAUAUAUUGUUAUUCAAACAAAUCAAUAGGUUGGUGUCAAUCUUUUUUUUUAUUUUUUAUAAAUUACUACUUUUAUUCAGCAAGGCUGCAUGAAACUGAUCAAAAGUGACAGUA